UGAAAAUUAUGUAUUGUUCUUCUGAAUCUUUGGAUUCCACGUGCUUUUGGUUUUAGUGCGUGGAGGAGGAUGGCUGUUCGGCAGGGCCUGUUGUAGUUUGGAUUUUGGAUUUGAGUGGCAGGGACAUGUGACUGCUGUGCAAGGGGUUAUUUUUGGUAUCUGGGUGUUGGCUUCUCGUCAGAAAUUAUAGCAAGUUAGCGUGAGAUGCACUUAUGGAGGCUCAGAAAACACCAGGCAUGGUUCUCUGAGCUUUUUGAACUUUCGAACAUGGGUUGUUGCUUCAGUAAAGAAUUAAGUAGUGACAGUGACAAUGAAAAAGCUGGCCUGUUGCCGGAAUCUGUGGAGGAGGCGGAGUCAGAGAACAAGAUAAGUAAAGCUUUGUCUUCAUUAUUUGAUACCCUUGAAGGUGAGGAGCUUCACAGUGUUGGACAUGGAGGCAGCAGGGCAGUCGCCGGAACUAAUCUGUGGACGAGGGCUUUUGUGAGGCCAGGGCACCUGCAGGGUCUGGGGCUGAGGCAGUCAUCAGACUCUGUUUCCUCUCCAGUGUCUCAGUUCCUAACUAGGUAUGAAAGUUCAGAUGAGAGUGAUAAGAAUUCAGAAAUGGUUGCUCUUGAGCAGGGUUGUGACAGUGUCUCAGUCACUCGUUGUGUGAGCCCUGUCAUUAAACGGGGUUUCUCUGAAGAUGUUUGUUCCAGAGGUGACGAGUCUCUUUCAUGCGUCCUGGUGCCUUCUGGCCAGGGCGUGCGGGGAGGAGCCCUUGUACAGAGCCAUCUUGGCCAUUUCCCAGCCACUUGUAUAAAGUCCGUCACAGAGAAAGAAGUGGCCGCAGGUGUUCAAAUCAGUAGUGGUAAUAACUCUUCAGGUAGGUCUGGUAGGGAGAUGAAUGCUGAGCACAAAGCACAAAGGGCUUGGAGAGAGAGCGAGUUUUACAGUAUUUGUGUUGUAGAUCCUGACUGCCUGGACGUGGCCGAGGAGCUGUGUGCCCCCGUGUGCGGGGCAGCUGCCGUGGCAGAAAGUCGGUCAGCUGUCAUCUCUGAGGGAGUUCGCAGAGGGGCCUCGCUGCUGGGGAAGGCUGCACAAGGCCCAGGACAGUCAGCCGCCUCGCAGGAAGAGCUGUCCCCACGGGGCAUGCCCGGUCCAAAUGAAAUGAAGGAAGUUUUUAAGGAAAAUACUAAACCUGGUUUUGAACUAACGACUGUGUCUUUAAGGGCUCACACUUACACCGGGUUCCCUAAAGAUUACACAGAAGGCAGUGCAUUACCUAAUGUGGGCGUACUCCCUGAAUUUAACAGUAACGUAGACACUGGCUCCCUGGAACGUGUGUGCGCUGUCCCUGAAGAAAGUGAGAACUGUAGUCUAGAACAGGUAGGUCCGAUGGGUGAUUCACUUGUUGAUUUACUUACCAACCCUUCCGAAGUUGAAAGAAAUGGUGAAUCUGGGGCUGUAGCAGCUAGUGUAGGUCAGAGUUUAAACUCUGAAAAGGAAAGAGAAGAUAAUUCUGUCAGACCGCUGAAAAACAAUGGUUAUUUCAGCUUCGAUGUUAGCAGACCAGAAAGUAGUCUCCUUCCCCGGAGUCUAGAUAGGAUUCAUUUAAGUUUGGAAAGGUGUGUCACUUCCCUGAGCUUUAGAAAUGAGCGUCUUCCCAUUCAUGCCAGUUUCCAAGAAGUAGCCCCCAAGGGACCUGGGGAUCCUGGACUGGACCGCCUUCUAGGGGCAGCGAUGGCCGAGGGGCAGCAGCAGGGUGUCCGCAGCCUGAAACCUGGAAGCAUCCAGCCUGCAAACAAAGCACAGUUGUCUUUGCAAUCUGAGAAUAGUUCAUCUUAUCAAGAUAAGGAUAAAAUGAGCAUUUUUGAAGAAGAGAGUCAUGGACAGAGGGCUUUUGAAUGGAGAUCUUCACAUCAGGUAGACCUGUGUGCAGAUACUGGGACCGGGAGGGCCCAGGCACAGAUCUGUGAUUUAACUGGUACGCUGUGCAAGACAGACACGGAGGGAGUGUUCCAAAGAACGGGCACCCCGGAACUCAGAAGCUCCCAGGAAGUGCCCCCAGAUGGCAAGUCUCUUGAUGGCUUUAGUUGUUUUCAGGGUAACUUUAUCUCCUCCGCAUUUGCUUUCACCUGGCCUGAAGAAGAAAGUGAAAUUGGCCUGAAUUUUAAAACAGAAGAUGAAAUGUGUGUGAAGAAUGCAGAGAGUGACCAGCGAAGAUUAGAAAGUGCCGGAAAAGAGUCACUGAAAGCCAGUCACAGAGAGACCAGUGAGAAUGACAGAGGAGAUGUGAAGUCUGACGCUGAAACCACCUUUAACGGGGAAACAAGCACAGCACCCCGCAGGGCAGUGCCUAGUCGGGAUGUACAGGCUUGCAGUAGGUCAGACAGCACAGAACAGCCCAGUUGCAGAACCAGUCACAUAGAAGAGAAUGAUGAAACUUGUGCAGUGAGUGACUACAGACAUAAGGAUCUUGAUCUUGCACCACCUCUAAACCAACGUCCGAAUCCAGGUGAGCAGAGGUCACAAGUAGAGGAGAAAGACUCUGUUAACAACGGUGAAAAUGCAGGACUGGAGCAGGUUUUCUCAGAGUCAGCUGAGGAGAGUUCUGAUGCCUUAGGGGGUGGCACGUCGGGGGCAAGCAAGCCAGCACCAACAGGUAAGGGAGGGGAGAGAGACAACAUCGACGUGCGUGGAAUGAGCACACAUGCACACCAUGUCAGGCAAAGACAUGCCAAACCCGCACUGAAUGGACCUGCAUUAAACAGUGGAGUGGAUUCUGUGGGAAGUCCACAGGUGACUUUUAGAGAAAUGGAAUUAGGUGAGACUCUUGAGGGAUAUUCCUGUGUGGCCCAAGUGGACAGAUACACAGACCCUCCUCACAAGGUGCUGCAGGUCGUUCCUGUCAUCCCAGGGGACAGUGCAGAAAUAGCAGUACCACAUUGUGGGGACCGUAUCUUCUCACUCACAGAAGAUGCUGUAAAUAUACCUGAAAAUCCGGCAAGAGGGGGUUUGCAGAGCUUCCCAGAGGAAUUGUACUCUCAGUUUUUUAAUGAACUUGCCUGUUACCCAGUGGGCGGGUUUGCAAGUCAGACGUUUUCUGAAGGACUGGCCGAUGGCUGCGGUGGGUUUCAAGAGGGCUGUCUGUGGGCUCAUACAGUUGGGAAAGAUGCCUUAGAAGAGGAGCAGGUACCUAAUGAGUGUCUGCACAGGAAGCCACCAGACCUAGAGGUCGCUCUAUUCUGGAUGGAGAAGCCCCCUUAUCAGCUACCAGUGGCAGAAGAUGCUGUUAUUUGGGGAUGGCAAAAUAGAGGUGGACAGUUAGUACCGACAGCCAAGGUUUCGGAGCUAAACCCUAAUGCUAAAGUGUGGGGGACUCCUGUGCUGCAUUUGGAAGAGGGUAGUGCAGCGGAUGGUGGUGUGAGUGCAGACUGGGAGGAGCCGUCGGGCCCUUGCACAGACUGCGGCCAGGAGGGAUUGGAUGCCAAUGACGAUGAUGACAAAAGUCAUGAGAAUGUGGCACUAUCAGAUUUGCAGGAGUCAAACCAAACCGCUGGGAGCACUUUGGCUCUGGAUCGCUCAGAACAUGAAUCUUCACCUGAAAAUAGUGAGACUGGAGGUAAUGAGUCUCAGCCGGAAAGCCAGGAGGACCCCCGAGAAAUACUUAAAAAGACAUUGGAAUUCUGCUUAUCUAGGGAGAACCUUGCUAGUGACAUGUACCUUAUAUCGCAGAUGGACAGUGAUCAGUAUGUGCCAAUCACCACGGUAGCUAACCUGGAGCACGUCAAGAAGCUCAGUACUGACAUGAACUUGAUCGUGGAAGUGCUGAGGUCUUUACCUUUAGUCCAAGUGGAUGAGAAGGGAGAAAAAGUAAGGCCAAAUCAGAGUCGUUGCAUUGUGAUCCUGCGUGAAAUACCUGAGUCCACUCCUGUAGAAGAAGUAGAAGCAUUGUUUAAAGGAGACAAUUUACCGAAAUUUAUAAACUGUGAAUUUGCCUAUAAUGAUAAUUGGUUUAUUACAUUUGAAACCGAAGCUGAUGCACAGCAGGCUUACAAGUAUCUGCGAGAAGAAGUGAAAACUUUUCAAGGAAAACCAAUUAAGGCACGGAUAAAAGCUAAGGCAAUAGCUAUAAACACAUUUUUGCCAAAGAACGGAUUUAGACCUCUGGACAUGAGCCUUUAUGCGCAGCAGCGCUACACAGCCUCCUUUUACUUACCUCCCGUCUACAGCCCCCAGCAGCAGCUCCCCCUAUACAGCCUGAUCGCCCCCCAGACGUGGUCGGCAACACACAGCUAUCUUGAUCCGCCCCUGCUUGUUCUCAGGUGUAGCCUCCGCACAGGUGUCAGUUGGCUUCCUCGGCGGGCUGCUGUGGGAAGAUCACCCGAGUCGGCCCAGAAAAAGGUCUUAGCCCCCAGCCUGGCUCAGGAAAUACUGGUCAUUGGCAAUGAUCUAACACCAUGUUCUUUUCAGCCUGGGAAUAUUUUCGGUAUAAAAUGGAAUACAAUGUCGAGAAACAACCCAGGCAACCACAAGGUAACUCCGUUUCCAAAUACUGGAUUUAUAAAUGGGUUUACGUCUCCAACCUUCAAACCUGCAGCAUCUCCUCUGACUUCGCUCAGACAGUACCCUCCAAGAAGCAGGAAUCCUAGUAAAUCUCAUCUACGCCACACCAUUCCCAGUGCAGAGAGAGGAGCUGGGCUAUUAGAAAGCCCUUCAAUAUUUAACUUCACUGCAGACCGGCUAAUUAAUGGUGUUCGAAGCCCACAAACACGGCAGACAGGUCAGCCUAGAACACGGAUACAGAAUCCUCCAACCUACACCAAGAGGGAGGUUGGGUCUGGUCGAGUGGAGCAGAGCAGUGCGGAGUCGCCUCCUGGCUUAGGGAGAGGGAGGAAGAAUUCCUUUGGCUACCGGAAGAAACGGGAGGAGAAGCUGACAAGGAGUCAAACUCAGUCUCCAACACCACCAAAGCCCCCGUCCCCGAGCUUCGAAUUAGGACUGUCCAACUUCCCUCCGUUGCCUGGGGCAGCAGGCCACCUGAAGACAGAGGACCUCUUUGAAAACAGGCUGUCUAGCUUGUUAAUAGGGUCCUCAAAAGAAAGGAGCCUAAACACGGAUGCAAGCACGAACACGCUCCCCGCGGUGAGCCCCAGAGAGCCCUUGGUGCCAGCUCCCAGUGCUGUGUCCACAGCCUUUGGGCGCUCUCCCUCCCCGGCCUGUCUGCCCGAGGAUCCCAAGGUGGUGGAGAAGCAGAGAGAAGCCUCGAGUGUGGACAGACUUCCUUCUGCCCUAACUACAACGGCGAGUAAAUCAGUGCAGGUGAACGGCGCUGCCACGGAAUUGCGAAAACCCAGCUAUGCGGAGAUUUGUCAGAGGACGAGUAGAGAGCCUCCGUCUUCCCCGUUGCAGCCCCCAAAAGAACAAAAGCCCAACGCCGUUGGUUGUGGGAAGGAAGAAAAGAAGCUCACCGAGAGAGAGCCCCCUGCCCCCAAGUCGAACCCGGGACCACCCAAAGACCAGAGGAGGCCGCCAGGCCGCCGACCCUCACCCCCGGCCACCGGGAAGCGUCCACACAGAGAACAGAGCACCCCUCCCAAGUCCCCUCAGUGAGCGCCGAGGUCUGGGAGGGCUGUGAGGAGCUGGGGUCGCCACAACUAAGCACUGUCCCACUCGGGGCCAAGAAUGAGCCGCUGGUUAGGGGCUUGCAGCGUAGACAAGGCCGGUGAGGUGCCUGCAAGUGGUUUUUCUUCCAUGAGUCGGAUUUUCCCCCCUCUUGAAAAAAAAUCUAUUUUUCAGGAUUUAAUUAAUAUAAACCUUAUUUUAGGUUGGUGCUUAACUGGAGGUGAUGCAUAAGUCUGAUUUUUUUCAGGAUAGAAAAUGCAUUUAUCCUAACAAAUUGAUAUUUUUAUUAAGCCUCCAUGUGGCUAUGAAUGCAAGCUAUAUAUAGUGAGUUUUUCUAAAUUAAGCGGAACUAUGCUACUUCAUUUUUUAAAAUAACUGGUUAGCAAGUGCAUUCCUUUGAGAUGUCCAGACCGAUGGGUGGGCUGAAGACCGCUGGGAUCGAGGUUGGAGGCGACUCGGUCAGUGUGGCCUGGAGAAGAGAGGGGUCAGGUCACACCCUCACUGGCUUGGGAGUUGUACUUCAUUCAGAAUCUUAGCAAGUGACGCUAGUGGUUUUGUUCUUGUUUUUGUUUUUUAAAAAAAUACAGCCCGUUUUUGACCUACUGGGCGAGAUGCACCCCAGAGCCCUGAAACCUUGAGUUUUGAUGUGCUGCAAGCAAGUAACCAGCCUCUCACUCCUGUCUCAAGUGGUUGUUGUGUAAGACAGAGUCAAAGCACAUUGUGAAUAGAACUUAAAUGAAAACAUAAACCUGGUUGCCCACUCACGUGUCCCCACAAAAAUGUACCCUGAUGUUGUCUUGCUCCCGAGAGCUGGCGGGAGGGCGUGGGAGCCCCUGUGGCCCCCGUGGCUCCCCCGCGUUAGCCGCUGCGUGGGCGCCUUCCCGUGGCUCCGCAUCGGCCCGCAGUGGAAGCAUUGCUUAAGUCGUGAGGGAGUGGAGUCUGCGGGGGGCUCGGUGGUGAGGCUGACAGUCCCUCCCAGACGAGGGUCUCACUGAUCCCCUCCGGAAGUGCUGCACUCCGAAGAACGCGCAUGCACUAACGCUAGCGGUCCAUAAUAAAGUCAAAUAUAAAUUAUUUUGUUUUAAAAUGCCUAAAUUUUUUCUUGAAGUAUUCUAAGCAGCAGACAUUAAAACAUUUCCUGCUAAAUGUAACCAUACAGUUUAUUCCACAAAAGGUUAUUUAACAAGACUGAGGGUUCUUUUUAAAAACAUUAUUUCCAUCCAAUAUUUAAAGACUUGAAUUUUAUUUAAACUUGAAAAUGACUUUGCCUUAACUUUUGUAUAAGACAGCUUAGAGUUGGUGGAGACUGGCCCCUGGGUUGGCACGAGGGGUACGGAGCUGCUCAGUCUGGUGGGGCUGCCGCCGCAGGUGUCCCCAAGCGAGCGUUCUGUAACACAGGACCUGGCAGUGGUGUCUGCAAUACACCCUGAAGAUCUUCAACAGUUGACCUUCUUCAGAUUGUUCAGAAAUCCUGUAAAUGCAAAUAGUCGAUACUGUAUUAAAUAUGUGCACUUGGGAGUGUGUGCUUUGCUUGUACAGUUGUAAAUAAUCAGAACAUAUUAAAAAGGUACCCUAAAGAGAAAAAUCUGAUAAAAAUUAUUGAUAUAUUAUAAAUGUUGCUAUUGAGCUGGAUGUAGAUAAACUAAAUGUUGUGGUUUGAAUAUUAUUUUAAUUUGUUGAGGUGUUUUUCUUUUUCUCUGAUGCUGGUGUGUUGGGCUGAUUCUGCCUCUUUGCUGCUGCAGAAGGGAAAUGGAAAGUCCUAGCAAAGCCUUCCGACGUUUUCAUGCUCUUCUCACAAGUCUGUAAAUAUGUACUAAUCGUAGCUAAUGUGAAAGCAUAAUGUAGGAAGCAGAAACUGGCAGGAGCUUCAGGAGAAAGCAAAAGAUAAUCUACUUAGAAUCCUAACUGCCAGAGGAGAGCCGGCCCUGGUGCGCUUGACCGUCUCCUUCAGAGAAGCCGCCAGGACUCACUAUCCAUGAGUACACAGUGCUAGUGUAAAAGGAACAGGGGGAUUUCUUUUUUUGUAGGUGAGGGAUUGCGGACUUAAAAAAUCAGGAAUUAGUUGACCUCUGACGCCCCAUCUCAUGAGUACUGUAAGAAGAGCUGGAAAGGCAAGCCCCAGGAAGUGCUUACUGUGGCAAUCUUUGCUGGAGGAGGGAGCGGACGCGGUCAGCCUUGGUCACCCGCGCACCCCCCUCCCCCCGGGCCGCAAACUCUGUGUGGAGCUGACACACUGGUUUUCAGGAAUGACAGAUCCUUGCCCUGGUGGCAGGCUGUGUGCUAGAGCUAGCCGUAGCCGUCCACGGCCGGCAGGACGAAGGGGGUCACUCGUGACAGCAACGGGGCACAGCCGGGAGCGGGGGCGGCUGGUGCGGAGAGGGGCGUGGCCUGGCGGUCCUGCAGCCUCCGUGCCCGCUCGCCGCACUGCGGCCCCUGUCCCUGCAGCCCACAUCAGUUGCAGCCAGAGUUGCAACCUCGCUCUGGUGGGAUUUUUAUAGCACCCUUUUUAAUUAAGCAACGAUGAUACGCCAAAUAGCUAUAUAAUAUCCCAAACCCCACCUUUCUGAGAUCACUGUGAGAUUUUCCCCUCACAGAAGAGAAGGGAGCCUGGGACGUGGCACGGAGACGGUGACUCUGGCACGAGCAGCCACAGCUGGUGGGGGCUUUUGUCCAGUUUUAGAAACGGAAGUCUUUCCUUCCCCCAGCAGUAGCUCAGGUGUAGAAUCAGAGAUACAGCAAUCACAAAUGACAUUUUAACUUGUAAAAUUGUGUGAGGAUACUUAUAAUUUGGAAAUAGCGGGAUGAGAAUCUGGCCCCAUUUCACCAGACAUGAAUUUCCAGUAGAGUAGUUGUUUUUUAAGAGUUGGUGUCCUAAUGUUCCUGGCCCGGCCCGCCUGUCCCAGCAUCACUGAUUGUCACUGGCGGUGGCAGAAGGCGCUUCCGGCGGCUCUGUUAGCCAGGAUCAUGCAGUUUACAUUUCAAAGCCAGUUCAGUUUGUUACAGGGGCAGCGGGUGAGGAAGGCGCGUGUCUGUGCCUGCCACCAGCGAGCUGCGUUUGGGGGCUCGUGUGCUUUGUGGCCUGUCACCCUGGGUGCCGCAGACAAUCCAAGUCAGAAGCAGAGCCAGCAGCCGCCAGUCCGCCGAGCGGGACGUGCUACAGAAGCUUUCUUGAGGGCCUUUGUUUUUGUUCUACUUCUUUUCAUUAAGACUGGAAUCAAGCUUAUGUGUAAACUAUUGAUAAUUUAAGUUUCCUUUUGUGUCAUUCAGUGUAAAACUGUCUAAUUUGAAAAAAAUGUAGGUUAUGAAAAAUAAAGAUUUAGGCACUGUU